AUGAUCAAACAGAACCAUUCUAAAUCCCAGAGCCUCUGCAUCGACUUGUCCUUCUUCAUUGGCUUGUCAUUGGUGACCAUUGUCGUGUUACCUCUCGACACUCAUCCAUUCUUUUCCACAGUAUUUGUGAUUGGAUCAUUGUUUGUUUUUUGGAGAGUCCGAACAAGAAAUGAAUUGCAAUCUGUAGACUUUCCUUCCAAUCAUGUUCAUAGACAAGAGAACCAACAGAAUGAUAAAAUCAUGACAGAACAGAAUGACAAUCAUCCAAAAAGAGACAUAUCCAUGGACCAUGUUAAAAGACCAAUAAUUCCAGCCAGUGUCACUAGUACUACUGCUGACAUGAUAUUCAGCAAAGAUCAAGAAUCUCAUAUUAACAAAUUAAUCCGAACCAGAGAACGAACAGUCAAGUUGGUAGGAAAUGGAAAUGACAUGGAUGAGAAUUCUGACAGCACUCUUCCAAGAGGUCAAAAACUCGUGAAAAAGUGGCCAAUUCUCGAUCUAGGUUAUCAUCCAGAAAUGGAUAUCAAUGUUUGGGAAUUUGAAGUCAUUUUGGGUGAUGACUUGCCAGUGAAAAAAGUGUUAUUGAAAGAUUUGAUUCAAAAUAUUGAAAUGAGAAAUUACACCAACGACUUGCAUUGUGUAACGACUUGGAGUAUGUUAAACAUGAAUAUGGAUGGUCUUUCAUUUCAAGACAUGGUCAAUUAUUUAAAUCCAAAUCCUGAAUGGAAAUAUCUGAUACAAUAUGGUCUUGAUGGUUAUAGUGUCAAUGUUCAUAGAGAAGAUGUCAUGCAUCCACAGUCAUUCCUAGCACUCAAAUAUAAUGGACAACCAAUCACUAGAGAACAUGGUUAUGUUCGAUUAAUGAUUCCAAAUUUAUUUGGUUGGAAAGGAUGUAAAUUUUUGUGUGGAUUGAAAUUUUCACAACACAAUGAAAUGGGUUUUUGGGAACAGCGUGGAAGUCAUUUUCGAGGAAGAGUGAAACAAGGAGAGAGAUAUCAUCAUGUCAGUGGUCAGUAUGAAAGUAGUAAUGAAGAGGAUUCCAAGAAAACAGUUCAGGAAAUUUUAGAAAAAGGAGGAUCAAAUAUCAUGUUGAGACAGUUGAAAUUGGUGGAAAUUCCAAAAGAACUCUCUAUGGAUUCCACUUUUGAAUUUAUUUCCGAGUUGAAUUUGGAUUCUAAUUUGCUCGAACAUGUCCAUGGUAUUAAGGCCUUGAAGAGCUUGACGCGUCUCAAUUUGAACAACAAUUGUAUUCGGGAAUUUCCAAUUGAGAUUUGCUUCCUGACCAAUUUAACUGAACUAUUUAUUAUGAACAACCAAUUAACAACCAUUCCUCCUGAAAUUUCAAGCUUGAAAACACUUGUGGCUCUUUGGUUUGAUAAUAAUCAACUCGAGACACUACCAAAGGAAAUUGGUGAGCUACACAACCUUUUAUCCAUUUCUCUCUAUAGAAAUAAGCUUAAAUUUCUUCCAUCCGAGUUGUCGAAUCUCACCUCAUUGAGAAUGUUGAGCGUGGCGGAUAAUCCUGACUUGCAAAACAUUCCUGACGAGUAUUACCAACUUAAAAAUGUAAAUUAUUUUGGUUUAGAGCGAUGUCGUUGGGGAGAAAAUGAUGAAAUUCCUGAAAAUGUCAUUCAGGAAGGAGCUGAAGCAAUUUUGCAAGCUUUGGAAAAGAGGUACCUGGAACGACAUGCCCAUCUCAUAUCAUUGAAUAGCAAUAACUAG